AUGCGCGCACGUUAGGCUACGCAAACAUUCUUCUCUCGAUUCAGUUGCAUUCGUGACAUCGCUGAGAUAUGGCAGACGAAAAUAGAACAGUCGAAAAGAAAUACGGUAACUUCAGCGAGUACAACAUACAGAUAAAUCGAUGGGUCUUGAAGCCAAUAGGCGCCUGGCCUAUUACAAAUUCCACCACUACUGUCGAGAAAAUCACGUCACGGAUUUUAACUGUCGUUUGUUGGUGCUUUACGCUGUUCACUUUAAUUCCCGGCGUUUUGAACAUCAUGCUGCAGAAAGAAGACAUUUACCUUAAACUGAAGACACUUGGUCCUCUUAGUCAUUGGUGUGUUGGAGGAUUCAAUUACGCUGUGUUGUUGCUACGUAAAAGCGAGAUACAUUACUGUAUAGAGCAUAUAAGAACCGACUGGAAGAUGAUCACGAGAUCGGAGGAUCAACAAGUGAUGCUGAAGAACGCGAAGCUCGGUCGCUAUGUCGCGGGUUUCUGCGCUGCUUUCAUGCAAGGUGGUGUUUUUUCCGCCUGCAUUGUAUACGGAGUCUUUACAUCACAAACCACUGAAGUCGGGAACGAAACCCUGAUCGUAUACGGUUUGCCCUGCCCACCGUACAAACUUCCAAUUCAAUUGAAACCGAUACACGAUAUCAUUCUUGGUACGCAGUUCUUGUCAGGGUUUGUCGUGACUGCAAGUGCAACUGGNAGCUUCGGUCUUGCUGCAGUUUUCGCCAGCCAUGCUGUUGGACAGUUGAACAUAAUGGUGGCAUGGGUCAACGAGUUCGUAAAUCAACAGUUGAGAUCUGAAAAUAAAAAUUUCGUAAAUCAACAGUUAAGAUCUGAAAAUAAAAAUUCUUCUGUUAACAAAAUAGGUGCAAUCGUACAACAUCAUUUGAGAGUACUGAGUUUCAUAGCACGUAUUGAAAGUAUAAUGAGCCCAAUAUGCUUCAUGGAAAUGUUCAAGUGUAUGCUGGGUAUGUGCAUGCCUAGCUAUUACAUUCUUGCGGAAUGGUCUGAACAUAAUAUUCAGAACUUACUUACGUAUGCCAUGAUAUUAAUAUCUAUGACUUGCAAUAUCUUUUUAGUCUGUUAUAUCGGUGAAGUAUUAUCGGAAAAGUGUAAGAAUGUUGGAGACAUGGUUUAUAUGACAAACUGGUAUCAUUUGCCUGACAAAGAUAUUCUAAGCUUGAUUAUGAUCAUUUCACGAUCUAGCGUGAAGAUGAAGAUGACCGCCGGAAAGAUAAUUGACAUGUCGCUAUUCACAUUCGCUAGUAUGGUAAAAACAGUUUUCGCGUACCUGAAUAUGCUGUGUCAAACAACAAUGUGCGUACAGUUAAGCCGAUGGUAUUUGAAACCAAUGGGCGCUUGGCCCGAUCCAGUUACCACGAGACGUGAAAAGAUCUUAGCGCGAAUCUCAAUCGUUGUCUGCUGGUGUAUCAUACUGUUCACCGUGAUCCCUGCUAUUCUUCACAUCGUUCUCGUAAACGAAGAUAUCUAUCUGAAGCUGAAGACGCUUGGUCCUUUGUCCCACUGGUGCGUCGAUGGAUUCAAUUACCUUGUGUUAUUGUUACGUCAGGACGACAUCAGUUAUUGCAUAGAACGCGUACGAUCCGACUGGAAGACGAUAACGAGAACGCAGGAUCAAGAAGAAAUGUGGAAGAGCGCGAAACUUGGUCGCAGCAUCGCGGGCUUUUGCGCCGGUUUCAUGCAAGGUACAAUAUUCUGCACAUGCUUCGUGCUGGGGGCGUUUAAACGGACCGUCGAGGUCGGCAACAAAACCAUGGAUAUAUAUACUUUACCUUGUCCGGCGUACAAAUUCCCAGUGCAGACAAAUCCGACGCACGACGUGAUUCUUGGUACACAAUUUCUGUCGGCACUGGUAGUGAGUUCGAGUGCCGCAGGUUCCUUUACUCUUGCUACCAUAUUCGCAAGCCACGCUCUUGGCCAGUUGACUAUAAUGGUGACGUGGGUGAACGAGUUCACAAAGCGGUCCGGAGAAAAGAUGAAGAAGGCUCAGACUAACGAAAUAGGUACAAUCGUUGAACAUCAUUUGAGAGUUCUAAGUUUGAUAGCGCGCAUCGAACGUAUAAUGAGUCCAAUAUGCUUCAUGGAAACGUUCAAAUGUAUGCUGGGUAUGUGCAUGCCUAGCUAUUACAUCCUUGCGGAAUGGUCUGAACGCAAUAUCCAAGCCAUGAUCAUAUAUGUGAUGGUAUUUUUAUCCAUGACUUUUAACAUUUUCUUAGUAUGUUACAUCGGCGAAGUACUCAAAGAACAGUGUCAAAAAGUCGGUGACAUGGUGUACUUGACGAACUGGUACCACUUGCCUGACAAAGAAAUUCUUAAUAUGCUUAUGAUCAUUUCACGAUGUAACGUGGAGGUUAAAAUAACAGCUGGGAAGAUAAUUACCAUGUCUGUGUAUACUUUCGGCAGCGUACGUCCAUUUAAUGCUCAUUCUUUUGCGCUUGCGUCUCUUUCGGCGGCGUUCCGGGCACAGUCUCGGCGAGUCCAGUCGACGCUCGACGAUCGAAGCGUCAGCAUGCGAUCCUCCAGCUACGUCGACGAUGACUCUCCACCGAACAGUCGUUACAAAACCGACGUACGUCGCGCGUUUCAGUUUUGUCACUGGGUCUGGAAGCCCUUGGGCAUCUACGCGUUCAUCUACAACCGUCCGAACAAAUUCGAGAAAAUGACGUCCGUGGCGUUGAUCCUUAUCAGCUGUUCAAUCCUGCAAUUCGUCAUCGUGCCGUUCGGUUAUUACACAUUGUUCUACGAGAGAGACAUUGACACGAAGAUCAAAUUCAUGGGCCCGUUGACAUUUUGUUUAACGACGCUGAUCAAGUACGGUUACCUGGGCAUAAAGAGUUCGGAACUCGGUCGUUGCGUGAAACACGUCGAGGAGGAUUGGAGGAUGCUGCGAGACGACGAUCAUCGAACGAUCAUGGUUCGAUACUUAACCAUGGGCAGAAACCUGAUCACAUUGUGCGCGGCGUUUAUGUACACCGGCGGUCUGUCUUAUCACACGAUCAUGCCGUUACUAUCCAAGAGGAUCAGUGAGAACGUCACGAUCAGGCCGCUCACUUAUCCUGGCUACGAGGUGUUUUUCGAUAUUCAGGAAAGCCCCACGUACGAGAUCGUGUAUUGCAUGCACUGCGUCUACGUUUUAAUCUCGGGCAACAUCACGAUGGCUGCGUACAGUUUGACGGCGAUUUGCACCACGCACGCCUGCGGACAGAUCAAGAUACAAACGUCGAGGCUGAAGAACUUGAGGGAGGAUAGAAAGGCGUUGAAAAACGAGAUCGAGGAUUGUUUGGCCGUUGUCGUGAGGGAGCACGCGAAGAUUUUGAGAUUCACGAAAAACAUUGAGACAGCGUUACAACAGCUAUUUUUGAUAGAAGUAGUAACAUCCACGUUGCUGAUAUGCUUGCUCGAAUACUACUGCAUGACAGAAUGGGAAACAAGCGAUUCGGCCGCGGUAUCAACGUACUUCAUGCUUCUAACUUCUUUCACAUUCAAUAUAUUUAUAUAUUGUUACGUAGGCGAACUCCUUCUUGGACAGGGUAGCGAAAUCGCGACAGCUUUGUACGACAUAGAAUGGUACAAUUUAGCUGGGAGGAAAGCUCGUGACAUCGUUCUGGUGCUCGCCAUAUCGAAAUACCCGGUGAAACUCACGGCUGGAAAAAUACUCGUUCUAUCGAUGAAUACUUUUGGCGUGGUGUUGAAAUCGUCGUUGGUUUAUCUGAACAUGCUACGAACGAUUACUGAACUCUAAUCGAAAUCACCAAGACGUGACAAACAGAGAGACGUUGUAAAAAGAGCUAUUUUAAUGUGAACAAAUUAUUUACGUAUUGAUAAUAAU